GGGCCGAAGUCGCUUGUGGCUUUCCAAUCCGACAGCUGUAUUCUAAUUCGUCAUUGAGCUCUCCGUCGAGAUCACGGAAGUUUCAACUGGUGCCCUACACAACUUUUUUUUCCCUCAGCGAGUAUAUUUCCUGUCAUCAACAUGACAGGAAAAACGGCAGGUUUUGUUUUAAACCGAGAGCACUUUGAGUAAAGUCAGCAUUCCUUUAUUUUUUUUAUUUUCUUUUAGAGCAAACAGUUUGCGUUUGGAAUUUUUUUUUUUUUUUUUUAAGGCAAACACUGUCUUUGGCUAUUGGCUUUGAGAAAUAAUUUGUAAAAGUACCUCUCUGUGCCAACAAGAACAUACCAUGGCCAAGCGAGUUGCGGUGAUCGGAGCUGGAGUGAGUGGCCUGUCCUCCAUCAAAUGCUGCUUAGAUGAACACCUGGAGCCCAUCUGCUUUGAAAGAAGUAAUGACAUCGGCGGACUAUGGAAGUUUACUGAAACUUCUAAAGAUGGGAUGACUAGGGUCUACAAGUCACUAGUGACGAAUGUCUGCAAAGAAAUGUCAUGUUACAGCGACUUCCCUUUCCAAGAAGAUUAUCCUAAUUUCAUGAACCAAGAAAAAUUUUGGAACUACCUCAAAGAGUUUGCUGAGCACUUUGACCUUCUGAAAUACAUUCAAUUUAAGACCACCGUGUGCAGCAUAACAAAGCGUCCUGACUUCUCUGAAACUGGUCAAUGGGAUGUUGUCACAGAGACAGAGGGGAGGCAGGACAGAGCUGUCUUUGAUGCUGUCAUGGUUUGCACUGGACAUUUCCUGAAUCCCCGUUUACCUCUGGAGUCAUUUCCUGGAAUCCAUAGGUUUAAAGGCCAGAUCCUACACAGCCAAGAGUACAAGAUGCCAGCAGGCUUUCAGGGCAAACGCGUCUUAGUGAUCGGUCUUGGAAACACUGGAGGAGACGUUGCAGUGGAGCUCAGUAGAACCGCAUCUCAGGUCUUUCUCAGUACUAGAACUGGUACCUGGGUUAUCAACCGCUCUUCAGAUGGGGGCUACCCAUUUAAUAUGAUGGUUACAAGAAGACACCAUAAUUUUAUUGCACAAGUUCUGCCCUCCUGUAUUCUGAAGUGGAUUCAAGAGAGGCACCUCAAUAAAAGAUUUGACCAUGCGAAUUAUGGACUAAAUAUUACUAAGGGGAAAAAACCAAAAAAGAUUGUGAAUGAUGCGCUGCCAACCUGUAUCCUCUGUGGGACAGUCACUAUUAAAACCAGCGUGAAGGAGUUUACUGAAACCUCUGCUGUCUUUGAAGACGGGACAGUGGAAGAAAACAUUGAUGUUGUGAUCUUCACUACAGGAUACACGUAUUCUUUCCCCUUUUUUGAAGAACCUCUCAAAACCCUUUGUACAAAGAAGAUCUUCCUAUAUAAGCUGGUCUUCCCCUCAAACCUAGAGAAGACAACAUUAGCUAUGAUUGGCUUCAUCAGCCUUACAGGAUCCAUCUUAGCAGGCACAGAGCUCCAAGCACGAUGGGCCACAAGAGUAUUCAAAGGACUCUGUAAGAUACCACCAUCUCAAAAACUGAUGGCUGAGGCUAUGAAAAAGGAGCAGCUCAUAGAAAGGGGUUUGAUGAAAGAUCCCGGUGUAGACAAAGCUGACUACAUUUCCUACCUGGAUGACCUCGCUUCCUUCAUAGGCGUAAAGCCCAACAUCCCACUUCUGUUCAUCAAGGAUCCCAGACUAGCAUGGGAGGUUUUCUUUGGACCAUGUACUCCUUACCAGUAUCGCCUAAUGGGCCCCGGGAAAUGGGAUGGAGCCCGAAAUGCCAUCUUGACCCAGUGGGACAGGACACUGAAACCCUUAAAAACUCGAACCAUUCCUGGUUCCUUCAAACCUGCCUCCACGUCACAUUAUUUGAAAGCCUGGGGGGCACCUAUACUGCUUGCUUCCCUUCUACUGAUCUACAAAUCUUCAAUUUUUUUGAAACUGGUGCCAGAAAAACUACAGGACCGGUUAUCCCCUUAAUUAAUAAGUAUUUGGUGAGGAUAAAUCUGAUGGGUUAUGAGGAUUGUCCCCAGUCAUAUUAAUUCUGUUCCCAAAUAUCUUGUGUUUUUCCCCUCUCCUCUCCAUCAUAGGUGUUAUCAUCCAAGUUUAGGUCUAAUCAUCUCUUACCUGAAUUACUGUUCUAUCUUCCUCUCAAGUCUCAGUACCUCCUUUCUUGCCUCCUUUACUUAAGCAGUUGUUCUAAAAUAAAAAAUACUGUCAUCGUUUCCAUCAAGAUCUUGGUAGCAACAAGAUAGAACUCAAAUUAGGUAAUUUGUGGAAACUUUAAUAUAAAGAUUAUGUCCAGUGGUUUGAGCAGAGUGUAGGGAAAUCAGAAGUAGAAUGAAAUACUUCCAGACUAGGAAUGAUGAGAUGCUUUUACCAUCCAUAGUUUUUCUAAUGAGGCAAAGGGAGAACAAAUGUGAAUAAGAGAGUGAGAUUAUGUAGAGAGGACCACCUCUCAAGAGCUGUGAUCUCCAGCUCACCACUGAAGGCAGUCCAUGGUGACCCCAAAAGUACAGAGCUAGGGAAAUUCAUUUCCUAAUCUUACCUUCUUCCCUCCCUCUGAUCUUCUGCCCAUGCUUCUCAAUGGCCUAACCCAACCAAAAUUCAGAAGGCAACAUUACUGACUAUUGUGGAUUUAACUGCAUUCAUUCCCCCCCAAAUAUAAUCAAGUUCUAAUCUCUGGUACCUGUGAACGGUGCCAGAGGUAACUUACUUGGAAAUAGAAAGUGAAAAGACGAAAGUGAAGUCGCUCAGUCAUGUCCGACUUUGCGACCCCAUGGACUGUGUAGCCUACCAGGUUCCUCUAUCCAUGGGAUUUUCCAGGCAAGAAUACUGGAGUGGGUUGCCAUUGCAAAUGUACAUAAGUUGGAAAUAAGAUCUUUGCAAAUGUACAUAAGUUGAGAUCAUACUGAAACAGGGUGAGCUAGAUCCAAUAUAAAAAGAGGAUCCUUAUAAAAAGAGGAUAAAGCUGCCUCCUGGCAAUCUAGUUACUAAGACUCCAGGCUCCCAAUGCAGGGGGCCCAGGUUCGAUCCCUGGUCAGGGAAUUAGAUUCCAUAUGCCUCAACUGAAGAUCUCGCAUACUGCAAUUAAGACCCAGUGCAGCCAAAUAAAUAAAAUGUUUAUAGAGAGAGGAUAAGACACAGAGACACAGUCGUAGUAGAGAAUACCAUGUGAAGACAGGCAGAAGCUGGAAUGCUGCAUCUACACCCAAAGGAUCGCCAAGCAAGCAAACAGUGAAAGAGACACAGAACAGAUUCUCUCUCAAAAUCCACAGAAGAAAAAAGCCCUGCCAACAACAAUUCCAGAACCCUAGCCUCCAGAGCUGUGAAAGAAGAAGCCACCCACUCUGCUACGGCAAUCCUAGGAUACGAUGCACCAACUGAUGUUUCCUGUGGAGGUCAGCCUCCUAGGCCACAGGGUAGAGCAAAGGUGAUGGAGGGUGUAUGUGGAAGGACAACCAGAAAGGAUCCAGAGCAGACAUGUUGCUUUCCAGUUCAAAAAUCCUUCAAAGUUUCUCCCUGGAUUAGAGAUAAUAAAUUCCUUAGCCCUGAAGAGGAGACUCCUCCUGAUCUGAGUCCAUUUGCCCAGGUAACCAGAAUCCUGGGCUGUAGCUACCCCUCCUCUUCAAAAUCCUACCAUCUAGCACUCAUACCUCCUCACUUUGGCAUAAGCUGUUGCCUUUUCCAGCUACUCAGAUUCACACCUGUCUUUCUAGGGCAAGCUUGAUUAUCUCCCUUUAUGAAGCCUUCUCUGAGUCCCCAAAGCAGAGCUGACUGCCACUACAUAAUGACUGGGCUUCCCUGGUGGCUCAGAUGGUGAAGAAUCUGCUCACAAUGCAGGAGAUCCAGGUUCAAUUCCUGGAUUGGGAAGAUUCCCAGGAGACGGGCAUGGCAACUCACUCCUGUAUUCUUGCCUGGAGAAUUCCAUGGACAGAGGAACCUGUUGGGCUACAGAUCGUGGGGUUGCAGAAGAGUUGCACAUGACUGAGUAACACUUUCACUUUCUUUCACUUUUCAUGACUGCCAUCUCACACACCACUCCAUCAUUUUUCUGUUCUAACAGUGUAAUUCUCUUUUUGUGUCCGUCUCCAAAUAAAUGGUGGGUUUUUGAGAGGAACCAUCAUCUUGUUCAGCUAAAACACUGCCUGAUAAAAAUACUGCAAAAUAAAUAUUUGAUGACUAAACAGUG